AUGCACGCUCGUGGCGGUUCGCAAUGGCAGAGCCGUCGGAAAACGUCGCUCGGGCCGCUGCGGCGCGCCCAUCCAGCCUCCGGGGCGACCUGGAACGUGCAGGUGGUGCGGGGGAAAAUGACUUCGCGCUGCCUUUGGCACGCCUGCCGCGCCCUCGUCCUCGGAAUGGUGCUGAUGUUCGUCGGAGGCGCGAUGGCGACCGUAGGAUACUACGCAAACAACUUUCCCUCGCUGUCCGACGUCCGGAGCAACAGCACGUCAACCAUUCGCGUCAAGAAUGAACACCGAGGAUUACACCUGAAUAAUCUGUCGUACGUUGGACCUAUUAUCAUGGGCGUUGGCGGAUUCAUCGUAGUGGCAUCAUGCGUGAUGACCUUCGAGGCUCGUGAUUCGGCAGCCAAAGUGGUGCCGGCCCGGUUCAAAAUUACUGGACAGAGUUCGGCCCGGAACCCAAACAGCCGGAACAAUACCUCUCGACGAUCCACAGGUAUCUCAAACGGGCCGACAAGCCUCGUCCCGGGAUCGCAAAACGCCCGCUGGGAGCAACACAUGGGAGUCUUCCGAACAUCGCCCGCGACCGAACAGGUGCCGGACCGCAAGGCACUUACAGCAGCCCUGGUACACUUCUCCAAAGCCUUAGGGACUCCAAAGACGUCCCCGCACCGACGGCCAAGCGAAAGCCAAAGUCGCCGCGUGUCGCGCAGUGGCUCGGUUCCCAAUCUGUACGCCGAAAAGCUGAGCGUGCCCUCGCUGACCUCCGGUUCGCCCGCCAACAUCCGGUCCGAAACGGUGGGCCAUCGGCAUCAUCGGGGGUCGCGGGUUAGCAGCAUGGUGCAGCGAUCGACGCGGGACGCCUGCGGUAGCAGCGGUGGAUUGCUGCAUCCGGGAAUGCUUCAGUUUCACCGGCACGCGCUGUCCGUGGAUGAACCGGAACCGUUUGCCAGGACACUGAAGCAGGCCGGCUCGCACGGUUCGGUGCAGUACGGGUAUGGUGGAGAGAUCGUGCCGGUGCACAAAAUGCGGGACCGCAACAAACGCUCCGACACGGCUCGACGGCACGUGCUGUCGCGUCAGACGAAGAUCGAGAAGGACGAAUCACUCGGGAGCCCGAAGCAUGGCCACAUCAGUCGCCGGGCCUCCACCAUCUCCAACACGUCCGUCUCCUCCAAACUCAACCGGAGUAGCCGGCGUGCCUCGACCAUUUCCAAGACGCCGAGUGUGGAUUCGCGGGGUGCCGCCUCCACGGUAGAUAUCAAUAGCCUGGAUCGAUCUCUGCUAGUGGGUCUCACGCCUCCCCGAAAAGGGGCCCCGUCUGCCACACCUGGACCCAUCUCGACGCCGUCAGUGGACAAGGAGUACCGGAGUCAGCUGUCCAUCUGCUCGGAGCCGGCGGCGAUCAGUCAGCGCAAUCUGUCCUGUCAAUCGAGCCUGGAACCGUGCGUGCCGGAAGAGGAAAGCUCUCCCGAGCAGGAGCACGGCCACCGGGACGAGGCUGGGGAGCGGGAGGACGACCGACCGGCGAUGCCACGGGAGCCCCUCUCGGUGACAAAUCCUCCGCUGCGGCCCGACUCUCUCAUCCUCGAGCCGGACAGUGACGAGCGGACGGCACCGAACCGGUUCCUCUACCGGAGCAACUCGAGUAAAAGCUUCCGCAAGCCGAAGCCGAAGGCGGCGAGCAAAAAGCGCAGCAACGAGUACGACCAAAUCUACGUGAUUAGCAGUGGCAGUGGUGCUGGUGGUGGUGCAGGUUGCGGUGGGGGUGGUAGCGGAGGCAGCAUUUCCGGUGCCAAUGGGACGACCGCCACCGGAAGUGGCCGAUACCCGAACUUCCACCAUGCAACGAUGAUGGCGCGGAACAACGACGACGACCAUUACGACUCGAUCGAAGUUAUUCACGAGCGGAGGAGCAAAAACUUCAGUAAGUUCUCGGCCUCAGGUGGAGGAGGUGUUGGCCACGAUGGAAGGCAGGACGCGGUGGCCGAUUCGGUGGACGGCGAAUACCGGAAGAUGGGCUCGAACACAAUUAGCGUGGUGGCGGAUAUUUCUCCCGCGCCUCCGAACGCACUAGCACCGGAAUUGACUGCGGACAAGGAUACACGGACUGGAAAUGAGGUUUUAGCUGCUAAUGGUUCACCCGAACGAACUGAACAUACAUGCACCCAAAACAUCAUCCUAAACUCCCAGCCACCAGAAGGUGUAUCAGGAGGAUCAGAGAAAAGCCAUUCUCCAGCCAAGGAGGACGCCACACCGUGUCAGUGA